AUGAAGUCAGUCCAGUUUUGCUUCCUUUUCUGCUGCUGGAGAGCAAUCUGCUCCAAGAGCUGUGAGCUGACCAACAUCACCAUCACAGUGGAAAAGGAGGAAUGUCGCUUCUGCAUAAGCAUCAAUACCACAUGGUGUGCCGGCUACUGCUACACCCGGGAUCUAGUGUACAAGGACCCAGCCAGGCCCAACAUCCAGAAAACAUGUACCUUCAAAGAGCUGGUGUAUGAGACCGUGAAGAUGCCUGGCUGCGCUCACCAGGCAGAUUCCCUAUAUACCUAUCCAGUAGCCACUGAAUGUCACUGUGGCAGAUGUGACAGUGACAGCACUGACUGCACUGUGAGAGGCUUGGGGCCCAGCUACUGCUCCUUCAGUGAAAUGAAAGAAUAA